AUGCUGACGCAGUUGUCUCUGCUCCGCCCCGAGGCUUUCUCGUAUGGUGUACUCGCCACAGAACGAAUACCUGGUUGUUUACUCUACGGUCCUCCUGGCACUGGCAAAACUCUUCUGGCGAAGGCCGUAGCCAAAGAAAGCGGCGCCAAUAUGAUUGAGGUCAGUGGGGCCAGUAUCAAUAACAUGUUUGUUGGUGAAAGCGAAAAGAAUGUCCGAGCCCUCUUCAGGCUCGCCAAAAAGAAGGAGCCCCUAGUCAUCUUCAUUGACGAGGCAGAUGCAUUACUUGGUGCUCGAGGACAGCGCAACGAUGGCGCUGCCAGGAGGGAAACCAUCAAUCAAUUCUUGCGCGAAUGGGACGGCAUGGACAGAAUGAAGGCAUUUAUCAUGGUGGCCACCAACCGACCAUUCGACCUCGAUGAGGCAGUUCUGCGACGUCUCCCGAGGAAACUGCUCAUUGAUCUGCCAGUCGAGCAAGACCGUGCCGCAAUCCUGAGAAUUCACCUCAAGGAUGAGGCACUGGACGACACCGUCUCUAUCGAAAACAUCGCCAAGCAGACACCCCUGUACUCAGGCUCUGAUCUCAAGAAUCUGUGUGUCGCGGCAGCUAUGGCAGCCGUCAAGGAAGAGUUGGACGCAGAGCAGCAGCGCGAUCCGUCGGAGCCCAUGGCCGAAGUGAAGAAGCGAGUUCUGAACGUCCGACAUUUCAACAAGGCGCUUGGGGAGAUCAGCGCCAGCGUUAACGAAGAUAUGCAAACCAUGAAUGCUAUCAAGAAGUUCGACGAGAAGUACGGUGAUGGUAAAGCGAAACGCAAGAAGAGGCCCGGUAUGGGAUUCGGCGUCUUACCGGAUGCUGUUGGGGAGGCUAGAAUCAGGAGUACGGGUGCGUGA